UUAGGCCUGGCACUAGCGCGUGAGACUCCCCGAGUGUGGCUGGGACCGGGCCAGAAAGUGGAGUGCGGUGUCACCGGGCUGCCUUGGUCCUAGCCGAGCAGAGCUGGGAAUCACACCAACAGGAGAGCUGCUUAGGUGAAACUAGCUGUACCAAAGUCCUGUCAAAUGCUCAGAACAAACUGGAACAGAGAGAGAGACUCGUAUGAAUUUAUUCAUGAAAAAAACAUUGAUUCCUGUUUGAUCAAGCAACAAGAAGAAUAACCUCCAACAUGUCUGAUUUGAGCAGGGCUGAAGAACAAGAGUUAGAAAAGAGCUUAGUUGAGGAAGGAGAUAGAACAGCAUCUAAAGCUUCAGAGGCAGAGUCUGCUGUCAGUUCGGAUGACAAUAAUACAACUUCAGGUAAAGGGCAUUGUGCUGGAAAUGAAAAGGAAGAUGUUAGCGACCAAGAGGACAGCACAUCAAAAAAGAGAAAAUCAGAACUUGAAGAUCAUCCUAGAAAAGUGCAUUUGGAAGAAGGGCAUGGGCAAACUGUAGCUGCACAUUACAAUGAACUUCAAGAAGUUGGACUAGAAAAACGUAGCCAGAGUCGCAUUUUUUUCCUUAGAAAUUUUAAUAACUGGAUGAAGAGUCUUCUCAUUGGUGAAUUUAUAGAAAAGGUACGACGUAGGAAGCGAGAUAUCACUGUGUUGGAUCUGGGAUGUGGCAAAGGUGGAGACCUGCUUAAAUGGAAAAAAGGCAAAAUCAGCAAACUUGUGUGCACAGAUAUUGCUGAAGUUUCCAUGCAACAGUGCCAACAGCGGUAUGCAGACAUGAAAGCCCGGUGUCGUUCUAAUGAAUACAUUUUCAAUGCAGAAUUUGUAACAGCUGAUAGCUCCAAGGAACUUUUGUCUGACAGUUACAGUGAUCCACAUAUGUGUUUCGACAUAUGCAGCUGUCAGUUUGUUUACCAUUACUCAUUUGAGACAUAUGAGCAGGCUGACAUGAUGCUUAAAAAUGCUUGUGGGAAUCUCUGUCCUGGAGGGUAUUUUAUUGGCACAACUCCAAAUAGCUUUGAGCUUGUAAAGCGACUUGAAGCCUCAGAAACGGAUUCAUUUGGGAAUGAUGUGUACACCGUACAGUUUGAGAAGAAGGGGGAGUAUCCCUUGUUUGGCUGCAAGUAUGACUUUAACUUGGAAGGAGUGGUUGAUGUCCCUGAGUUCUUGGUUUAUUUUCCUUUGCUGAUAGAAAUGGCAAAAAAAUAUGGCAUGAAACUAGUCUACAAAAUGACAUUUCGGGAAUUCUACGAAGAAAAGAUUAAGAAUGAGGAAAAUAAAAUGCUGUUAAAGCGAAUGCAGGCUUUGGAGCCAUAUCCUGCAAAUGAUAAUUCCAAACUUGUCUCUGAUAAACCUGAUGAUUAUGAGCAUGCGGAAAAGCUCAUGAAAGAUGGCAGACCAAAGUUACCUCUGGGAACCUUGAGUAAAUCUGAAUGGGAAGCAACAAGUAUUUACUUGGUUUUUGCAUUUGAAAAGCAACAGUGAAAAGAACAAUACUGGAAGAAGCAAGAAGAGAUUGCAUCCUGGUACAAGUUGGAGUGAUGUAAAACCAUUGUGGCGACUAUUUUUUUAUGUUUAUUUUUUAAUUAUUAGAAGUGUGCAGGACACUACCAAAAACUAGGGCAAGCUCAUGAAUCUGAGUUACAGUUGCCUAUCUGCGACAGAUGGACUUUUGUGUAUAUAGAAGAUUGUCUGAACCUGGUUUUUAAAUAUUUUUCAGUAAUCUGCAUGCUCUCGGAAAUGCCAUUUGAACUCCACAACGCUCUUGUUUCCGAUAAGAAGUUUGUUAGUAAAGUUUGUUCAGGUGACCAAGGGCCUGGUCCUGUACCCAUUGAAGUCAAUGGAAGGACUUCCAGUGACUGCAGUGAUGUAGGAUCAGGGCCUGAGAGCACUGUACAGCAAAGCUCAGAUUGAUCACAGUGCAGCACUUCGACAGUGUUAAAUUGUAUUGAAGUUGUAGUUUAUGUAGAAAGGUCCCAAACUGUUCUUGUUUUUUGUGAUCACUGAUAUGUAGUGUCAUUACAUGAUAACUUCAAGAUUAAAUGGGUUUAUGUUCUGUACCUGAAUGUGCUGAAAGUAUUAUUAGAGAUGCCUUCAAUAAUUGAAUUUCUGCCCAUUUUAAUGUUCUGCAGAUUAUCUGCAAACAGGUAGCAACCCCUAAAUUUAGAUUGCCUAACACUUUCAAUUAUAAAAGAUGCCUGUGACUUUUUUUACUUAGAAGCUUUAACACUUUUCUUGUUUGUGGCACUUCUUUGAAACUUGGCAGGGAUAAAUCUUGGGGGCUAAAGAUAUGCUUUCCACUCGUUCUGUGAAAUAUUAUUCAGAUUUGGCUGAGUUGAUAAAUUAUUGAAAAUAAUUAUUUCCUUUCUCUCACUUGUGCUGCUCAGGAAAAUUUUGGCAGCAUAUCAAAAUAACUAACUAGCUUUCUAAAGAGUUGGGCCUAUGCUUCACUAAGACUACCUGGGAUUUGACUGAGCACCUACAGUAGUGGGCACGGAGAGCUUACCCCCCACCUCCCCCCAGUGACAUAUGGCACUAAUGACUACUUCCCCCACCUUGGGAUAAAGCCCUUUUGAGCUGCCAGCUAAUGAAGUCUUAUAGUUUGAUUGGUACAAAUGUGUACUGCAGUGUUGAAGGUUUAGGGUUCAAACCCUGCUGUUACAUGGUAUGAGUGGUUGUUACUGGUCUACCUAAUAGAACUUGUUUUUUUACCUUUUUUUUCCUUUAAAAAAAAAAAUCCUAAAAUUACAUGCCCAAAACAAUCAAAUGAACAUUAUUUAGGUUGCAAAGUCAAGCACUCAAAAUUUAGGAAAUGUCAGAUUUAUAGUUUCCUGGGCAUCCUUAAUAAUGUGAUCAUAUACUGUCUACGUGACCCUUGCCUCGUUCACUGUACAAGAUGGAAGCACAAAGGAGAAGAGUUACAGUUGCCUGGGCAACUUAAAUUGUUUGGUUGUAAUGAUGCAACUCCAUUCAUUAUAAUGCCACUGCUUUGGUGUAAAUGAAGCUCCUCCCAGAUUAAGUGUCUUUCUCUAUGGCUACAUCUACACUACAGCCGGGAUCGAUGCUCUGAGCUUGAUCCACCAGCGGUUGAUUUAGGGGGGGGUCUAGUGAAGACCCACCAGAUUGACAGCAGAUCGCUCUCCAGUCGACCCUGUACUCUACCCCUGACGAGAAGAGUAAGGUAAGUUGACAGGAGAAUUUCUCCCGUUGACACCCCCUCCCCCACGGUGUAGACCCUGUGGUAAUUCAACCCAAGGUAUGUCGACUUCGGCUACAUUAUUCACGUAAUGUAGACACACUCUGUGUUGUAGCUAAGCAAUUUCUAAAUGUGAGAACUUUUAAGUGUUUUAUGGGACUGCACAGAAACAUCAAAUCUAGAUCAGCU